CUAGAAACUUCUAUUCCCCUCUGGAGCAACUUCAUCUCUACCGCACCGGUCUCCUCUCCGAGCUCAUUCCUCUCAUUUUAUAAGAGAGAUCAUUUCACCCUAUCGCUUUCGCUUAUCUGACGAGAAUUCCUCAAAUUUCAGAGAGCUGAGCAGAGGGAGCGACUGCUACUGCAAUGGCAAAGCGCUUGAUUCCAACCCUUAAUCGCGUUCUGGUGGAGAAGAUCAAUCCUCCCUCCAAAACCACCGCUGGUAUUAUCCUUCCCGAGUCAUCCACCAAGCUGAAUUCGGGGAAGGUGAUCUCUGUUGGUCCCGGAUUGAGGAGCAAUGAAGGGAAAACUAUCCCUCCAUCUGUGAAGGAAGGUGACACUGUGCUUUUGCCCGAGUAUGGGGGUACCCAAGUCAAGCUUGGCGACAAAGAGUUUUAUUUAUACAGGGAUGAGGACUUCUUGGGUACGCUACAUGAUAAUUGAUUGAUGUUGUUGUUGUUGUUAUUUUUUUGGGUGUUUGGAUCUUUAUUCAGGCGUGGGUUCCCAUGGAUGUAACUUAUAACAUUGAAGAUUUUUAAUUGAAUCAAGUUAAUCUACUUUAAAAU